AGUACGACAGUGUUUGUGCUCAACAAAUAUGUCAUUAAGGAUAAAAUUGGCAGACAGUAUAAUGCAGGUUUUGUGCAGUUCGCCUUCUCAAGCAUCUUAUAUCCCCUUCAAGUGGUCUCCACUUGCAUGUCGGUGACGAGCUCACGUUUAAUGGCUGGCCGACCUCCUAUAAUGCCAGAAUACAAAAACUGGGUUGAUUGUUGGAAUGACUUACAAACUCGGGGCCAACUUAAGCGUGGUAGUUCGUUGUUUUGGAGGUCUGUUGGAGGAUCAUCAAAAGUUGUCACCCUUGGAAAGCGCGGAGACUUUGCGCCCUUACCCACUAUUUCAAAAUACCAAUAAGUCAAGCAUUUCAGUUAUUACCUCAAUCACUGUGCAAACGAUGCAUUUGAAAUAUAUUUUCGCUGUUGAUUUUCAACGCAAUACAUUAACUAGCUGCAUUUGGUGAUGACCAUUUUUAGGAUACGAAAUUCAAAUUGCAAACGACAUGGACAGCACCGAAGUGCAUGUAAAUGUUUUUAUUAUUUCUUAUUAAAUUCAUGUAUGAUUAUUGUUUUACGACCUGUUUCUGUUGAUGGUAGCUUAAAUUAAAUGAAUCUAGUUCAUAAAUUAUCCAGCAUUUGUUAUUAUCUGGCUGGAGUGAUUACAAACAAGAAGUUGGGAAUCUAAAGGGAUUCCACACCAGUUGGAAAUUAAAUAAAACUGCCUCUGUUCUGUUUUAAA